AUCCCGGAUUCGCGUUGCCUGUAUCAAGCUUGCGACGUUAAGCUAUCUCAGCCUGGUCUUCAGCCUCAAGACAACCAAGCUUCAUCAAUCCGCAUCAAAAAUGAAGCUCAACAUUGGGCUCAGUGCAGCCUUUGCAGGCAUUGCUGCUGCAUCUCAACAACCCACCGCUGACGGUACCAAAGUUUACAUCCUCCGAGGAUCCCAUCACAUCGAGCCUACGACAAGCAUCACCCCUAGCGAAGCCCGUCUCAUCCUGUACCAGCGCCUCGCCCCCGAGGAACAGGACUUUUCAUUUCGCGAUCUCACAGCCUCCGACGAUGAAGAGCGUGUCGUUUCUUUAAUGAACAAAUAUGGAAAGGCCUCUGCGCCAUUGCUUUCCGAUGAGAAGACCGCGACGCCGCGCCAACUCGCUAUUACCAUUGACGGAAUGCCCUCCUUCGAAUACGAAUCGUUCUUUGGCUGGCUUUUUAACACACAGCCCGACUUCACCACGGAUAUUAGUAAGGAGAAUGGCGAGCAUCCCGAGGUCUUUGUAAAUGUCCUCGCCAAGAUGCCCGAGUGUCCCCUGAGCCAGAUUGCUGCCUUGGACGAGAAGUGUUUCAACGGUCAAUCUGCUUAUGCGUCAUACAGCAGAUCUCAGGAUGGUGAUCACCCCACUACCCUACUAAAUGAGCUUCCCAAGCUUCAGAAGCUCGCCGAGUCAGGCGAACUACAGACCAUCCUGGUUUUCCUGCCCAUCGGCGUCGACUCUGAGGAUAAGUCCGACAAGGAUCAAGAGCUUCGACGUCGGCAGGCUGAGACCGUUAUCUCGUCUAUCGAAGAGACAGCCGAGUCACCGGCCGAAACCUCUACCACACCCGCGAAGCCUUCGAACCCCAUUAAAGCUGUAUGCUUCACCUCAGAGGAUAGCUGCAUGGAAGCUACGGGCAAUUGCACAGGUCACGGAAAGUGCCUGAACAAAUACGGCAAAAGCAAGGACUCUUGCUUCGUCUGCCACUGCCAAGUUACCAAGUCCGAGAGUGGCAGUGUCACUUACUGGGGUGGUAGCAUGUGCCAGAAGCAGGAUAUCAGUGUCCAGUUCUGGCUCUUCGCUGGCUUCACCAUUGCCCUCCUUACCAUUCUGUACAUGGCCAUUGGCAUGCUCUUCAGCGUUGGUGAGGAGAAGCUUCCUGGAGUAAUUGGCGCUGGUGUGUCGAGGUCCAAGUAAAGUUAUGAAGGGGGAGAUGGGAAGAAUUAUGGGAACUGUCGGGCUGCUGGAGUUGUGUAAGCCGACUCGGGGAGUUUUCACAACAUAAUGACUCCAGGGCGGCAUGUAUCAUCAUCAUAUGGUGUAUUUGACAUACGGGCGUACAAGGGCUAGGAGCUUGUAUCAGGUGCCUCGAUAAGGGGCUUCUUUUGUUAGAAUGCGUUUCGAUUUUUGCGACCAGUUCAUUGAGUACAAGAGCAUGCAACUAUUCGACUUAUGAGAGUGCCUUUUCACAUGUCGUGAUGAGUUAAUGCCGACCCUCUUUCACAUGAUGGUUUUUUUGAGCUUGGAC